AUGUCAGCCUUUGAGAAUAUGCCUCUCCUCUAUAUACCAAAAAAGCGAUCCCGGGCCGACAUUCCAGAGAUGCAGGACAGGAAGGAUCGCCUAGACUGGGAGUCGCAGCGAGCGAGAAAGAAGUUGAGGGCGCACGGUUCUUUCAAUGCUGCCUUCUGGACAGCAGCAGCUGAGGUGGAGACGAUUAUCCUUUCCAGAACACGAGUCAUGUCCGAGAUUUCGUUGGCCGAGUUCGAUGGCCAGCCCUCAGCAUGGCAGCAGACGGAAGGGGCAAGGAAUCUAUUCAAGCGGAUCCGGGCCCAGCAGCACCGUGUGGUAUCUUUCCAGAAGCAAGCGUCAAAGCUAACAAGGCCGGGGCGGAGAAGCCUUCGUGAAUUUUUCAUGAAUUUAUUCAUGAGUAGCCACAUGGGUCUUGGAAUAAAAACGGACAUGGGACCUAGGGACUCGAGCGAGCAGAGCAAUUUUAGGGAUCGGCUGCUCCAAGACUACAACAGCCUUCGCGAUGACAAGCUCAUUUGGUGCCCCAUCCUCCAUACCUGGAUCGAUCCGGAGAACGCCACUGCGGCGCAUUUAUUCUCCUAUAAACACGGACAAGCCAGUAUGGAUGCGAUCUUUGGACACACUCGCCCCGCCGAACUUUUCUCGUCCAGAAAUGGACUGAUCAUCGCUUCACAGAUAGAGAAAUUUUUCGACGCGGGCGUGCUGGUGAUCGUUCCCGACAUUCCAGAGAGACCGACGAGGAGCAUGCUAUCAGCCUGGCUCUACCAGAAGACUCCUCGUGAGUACAAGCUGCGGAUCAUAGAUAGCUCCUGGGAGAAGUUGGGGCGGCCAGUUUUGUCCAUGGAUCAUGGAACGACCUGGAAGGACCUCGACGGUCGCAAACUCCGAUUUCGAAGCAAUUUCCGGCCGGCGGCGAGGUAUCUGUACUUUCACUAUUGUCUUCAGGUCCUCAGGCGAGCCUGGAAGGUCGGACCUGGUCAGAGAGCCGCAUUCCACCUUCAAGAUGAACUCGGCAAGCCCUUUUGGGGGACCCCCGGCCGCUACAUGGCCCGAAACAUGUUGCGGGCGCUCGUCGAGGAGCUCGGUCAUGAGUACGAAUCAUUGAUGGAUGGGGCGACUUUGUUGGCGCGAGGAGAUUCGGGACUUCUUAUCGAUACUGCGGCAGCGCAGAUCACCUCCGAGGCAGAGGAAGAGAACGAAACCGAGUCUGAGGACUUUGACGAGGAAGAGUUUCCCUAG